ACCACCCCAGUCACUAUUGUACAUUCUUCUGGGGUGUUCGAGCAUAAUGUAGCAUGGUGUCAUUGCCUGGGAUCCGAUUCCCAGCAUGUACAACUCCUAAAAGCAGGACUAUUUCCUGCCAGCUUCACCCGUCCAAAGACCACGUUUACCUUUGAGGUAUUGGAUCAUUUUCUCAUUGAUGCCUUGGAAUGCAAGACUUCUGCAAGGAGCUUCUAUGAGAAACUCACAAGGCUAACUAAUAACGCAUUCCAAGAUACUGUUCCAGAGAGUUUAAGUGUACUUGAUACAGUAGCACUUUCUGAAUAUCCGGCAUGUAUUGGCAGGAUUGAUACUGUGAACUCAUGA